CUUAGGGAAAUCAGUUUUAGUUUGUCCGUUUUGUUCACUGAGUUAAUUCGACAUUUCCACAUUCGCGCUCUCGAAAUAACACGUUCGAUGAGCUACACAUCAAAAUGAAGAGACGAAGCAUUGACCCUUCGAAACUGAGAAGGCCUUUAAAACGUUCUCGUAUCACAGAAUCUAUUUACGGCAGGUAAAGUCGAUGUGUCGAGUCGCUCAGUGUUGUACUAGCACUGUUGUGAAUAUAAUAUAAAGGUCUUUUCUUAAAUAUGCUUUCCUCUUUAUUUCUUCUAGUGCAUUUCUGUAUGUUCGGUUUUUCUUAGUAUGGAUAAUGGUCUUGACUGCGGACUUUCUAUUGGAGUUUCGCUUUGAAUAUCUUUGGCCUUUCUGGUUACUUUUACGGAGCGCUUACGACUCAUUUAAGUACCAAGGUUUGGUAAGUUUUCAAGAAAUUUAAACCUUGCUUCUGUCGUUUCUUGCCGCUCAUUGGCCUUUUAAGUGAUCCCAGGGUUGCUAUCAUAACUGCGGUUUUUACUCAAAUUUAUUCUAAAUGUUUUGAUAGCUCUAGCAGUUUAUUUUCCGGUUAUGUUUUUCAGGCUUUCUCCCUUCUAUUUCUCACUUUGGCUUUCUGUUCGGAUCUCAUAUGUUUGAUGUUUCUACCUGUGCAUUGGUUGUUCUUUGCCGCAAGCACGUAUGUUUGGGUUCAGUACGUCUGGCAUACAGGUAAAUUACUGGACAUGCUAUCUGCCAGAAUAUUAACGGCGUUAAACGCAGUGGUAGUUGAAAACGUUGACCGCUAAAUUCGCACAGGGAAGAUUUCAGUGUUUACAUUUCGUCCAGUAUUGGUGAAUCAAGAGUGUGGGAGUUACAUUCGAAGGUGGGGAAUUUCCGCGAAUGUGAUCACCGGCGCGGGAUUUCCAUCGGUGAAGUAAGAAUCCAUAAAAUUUGUAAUGAAUCUAAUGAUUCUCCGUUUCUAAUAAUUUACUGUUUUCACGUUUCAGAUCGCGGUCUAUGCUUGCCAACCGUUAGUCUAUGGUUACUGUUUGUGUAUGUAGAGGCGUCUGUACGACUUAGAGAGCUUAAAAAUCUUCCCUUUCACUUAGAUCUCUGUCGACCUUUUGCCGCUCAUUGGUAAGUAUAACGUUUAAGUGCUUUGAAGAUGGUUUUUGCCACAAUGGGGUCAGUAAAUUAUAUUUUCAGAUCAAUAUGUGAACAGUUCAGACCUAGACACUUCCCAACCUAAUUUACAUUUUAGCAAAAGAUUUCCUCAAACUGGCAGCUGGUUAUUCCAUGCAAAGCAGCCUUCGUUCAGAUAUCGUCGGAAGUAAACCCUUUUUGUAGUUAGAAUUCAAUGGUUGUCUUUAAAAUUUCCUCGAAAAGCCUGCUCACAUCAGUUCCUGUGGUCAUCGCAUUUUAUCAAUAAUAACAUUUUUACCGCCAAUUUGUACAUUGGUCCUGGGAGUUCUCAUUUUCGAGUGAUUAAUCAUUAAAAUCUGCUUUAUUUUGAAAAUGCUUAACUGAUACCUAAAGGAAUAAGCUGCUUUUACUUAGAAUAAUUGAAACAUUUGAACCAUUUUUGCUAUGAUUUAUUUUUUGUUAUGUCAUGGAAAAAUGCACAUGUGUGAACUUUCGACGUAUUGAAAAAUUUUAAGUGAAAUUUGAUUCAUUAAUGUUGACCACGGUGUUAUAGAGACUGUUCAUUUGAGGAAGGUUAUUCUGAUAAGGAUAGACUUUGAGAAUUUAUUUAUAUUUUUACUCAGAAAUGUUACCCUCUGCCCUUUGUACUGUUGUCCUGUGAUUUAGAAUUGUAUACCUGUCAGAUCUGCCUUACCUUUCAUUCUCAAUAUUUGCCACCAGUGUUAAUUUCAAAUUUAAGGUAAACUGUGCAGUGUUUCAAGCUAAAGUUUCUUCAAAGUUGUCUUCUGGCAACCUGAAAUCUUAAUGUGGUUGCAAGCAUAAAAUAUUGGUCACCAGAAAAAUGGACACAAUGUUAGAUGAGGUGGAUGGAAUGAUCAAAGGGGCUGUCUGUCUGUUGAGGUUUUGUAGGGCUUGAAAUUGUGACUGAUACAGUCACAUGCGAUUAACAUUUUCUCCCUGGUUAGUCACCACUUUGGAGACCAGAUUUCUCUAUGAUUUAGAUUUAAAUUAAAAGAGUAAAGUUAAAACAAACAUUUCAUGUGCCAAAUCACAUAAACAAAGCCAGUUAACCUCCAAAUUUAUACCUACUUCUGUCCACAAUAUUUUCAAACAAUCAAAUCUGAUGGAUUGCACCAUACUAAGAGCUGCAUCAUUUACAUCAUGCAAACAGGCGACUAAAAAUUUGACUUUAUUUCUCCAGUUCGACGUGAAGAUUAUUUUUUAAUUUCAAGCCCUGUUUUGCCAUGACUCUGAAACCUGAAUAACCCUAGGGAGAGAAAGGCAAAUAUUAAAGAAUUGAGAGUGUAAAUAAUGUUUCUUGCAAAUGUUAAUUUCACUUAAACACGAGAAAACCAUAAACAUUAAUUAAACAUUGUGGUUUGACAACUUUUGUUGGAGUUUUAAAUGAUGAAUUUUUUGUUGCCUACCAUGGUGAUGGAAAUAGUUUAAGCUUGGCGCUCUGGGUAGAGGAUUAACUCAAGCGGGUGGGGGAGUGGGGUGGUAGUUGCUUGUUUGAUUUUUCUUAAAUCAUAUAUCCAGUUAAUUGGUCAUUGGUUGGUUAUUGUGAAGAGCUGUCCAUGACCAUGCACUGAUUUACAUCUCUCAAUUACAGUGUAACCUCUCCUUUGGGACACAUCUAUUUAAGGGACAUGUCCACGAUUUUGUCCUCUGUUGGAGGGACACCUCUGUUUGGGAAAAGGACGUUUUGGGUCCCGAAACCUGGGUUUAACCUCCAUUCAGAGGACAUCUUAGCACUCAAAAAGUUACUGACCAUAAAAAGCAUUGAUAAGUUUAAGGUAUUAGAUCUGCUAUAAACCCUUCCAUUUGAAAAAUUUAUUUUUCAAAUGAUUAAGAAUUUUGCAACAUAAAAAUUACACAGGCCUAUCAAGCUAGAGCUGAGCUUUCAGAAAAUUGAUAUCCGAGGUGUCAAUUUUACACCUGAGGUGUUAUUUCCGAUUUAUACCGCAGGCUCAAAAAUUCUAUAAUUCUGUAUUUCUGCCUUUCUCUCAAUAGCUAGGAAUAAAAAAAAUUGAAACUGACUUAUACUUAGUUUGUUCAUUUACCUUUAAAUUCCUGGCAGUAGCCAGUAAAUUUUUCCUGAGAUAUAGAGCUGGAAUUUUUUUGUAAUAACCUGUAACUUCAGGCCGCCGUAAAAAUUCCUAAAUAUUCUGGGAAUUGCAGGAAUUCAGUACAUUUUUGGUUUACAUUAUCUGAAUAAGCCUGGCAAGUUUCAGCGCGGUAUUAUAAAUCUUCAUCUUUUUACAGUGAUUUGUUUUCACGAUGGUCCAACACAGCCACAAAAUUGCCCUUAAAUCGCCCUUAAUUUUUGUCGCCCCGUGCUGUUUUCUUCGUCGCCGUCUUGAUUUUUUAUGAGUAAACCGCUGUUCUUAAUGUUUAUUGUGACACUGACCCGAUUGUAGCACGGAAAGAGGUGAGAAAAUACGAAAAUCUUUGUUUGAACUUGUUGCGUGACAUGCUCUCAAUAUGGCGUCAUAAACAGUGUUUUAACCUUAGCAAUGUGCUAAUUUGCAUAAUAGAUCAUUUAACUGCGGCCUUAUCUGUCAUCAACUUUACAAGGAUCUUAUAUCUGCUGUGUCUCUAGAAGGCUUUUUACGGCCAUAGAAAUGAUUUAGAAAUAUCAAAACAAUCAUACUUAAUUUGGGGAAGCAGAAUGUUAGGGAAUUUUGCUACAAUUUGCCUUGGCUUACUUGAAACUCAUAACAUGUUAUGUGUGUUGGGUUGUAAAAAUUGCCACAUUUCUGUCAACAACGGAAACUGUCAUGUUGCAUUUCAGCCCUGUGAUUAUAAAUAUUUCCAAAAAAGCGCUUUGAGAUACCAACUUUGGCCUUCAUGUUCUCAGCUUAUAUUUAAUGAAAAUGCUUCAUUUUUGGAAUUUGAGUUCAGGUCAAGAGUACAUUUCAAAUAAGAGAUUUUAUAAGCAUGAUCAUUUUUAGACUUUAUAGCAGUUCUAAUAUCUUAAGUAUACACCAGUCACAAUGACGACAACUUUCGCAACAUGAAUGGUGUCACUGAAAUCAAAUGAAUGUACUACAUAGUUGAAUUUCAACACAAAAGUUUGCUUAGAUAAGUUAAUCAUGUCUUUUAUGCAUUAUCUAGUUGCCUGAAAUAUUGGCUGUAUUCACACUAGAGAUGGAUUAUCCAUCUGAGAAAGGUUAUCCGUUGGAUAAUUCGCAUCAGACAGAUAAUACAUCGUAAUUUAAACAUGAAACCAUUUUAAUUUUGGAUGUACAAUCCACUUGACUUUAUCCAUCUGUUCUUCCCUCAAUUUUGAUGGAUUUUGAAGAUGGAUUAUCCAUCUCAGAUGGUUACCCUCUAGUUUAAUUAUUAUUUUUAUUUAAUUAUUUAUUUUUUAUCAUAAAUAACAUUGUUCCUUAAAUUUCAAGAUAAUAUCUAAAUAAUAUUAUGUAUUAAUUUACUGAGCUGUGUUUGUAAAGUAGGAGCAGAGUUUGUAUACUUAACCACAUUCUGCUGAAUGUAGAUGUAAAUAUUGGUGAACAAAUCUGUUUUCUUGAAAUAAAUAAUGAAUAAUGAACAAACUUUCCAAAUAAUAAGGAAUGUAUCGUGUCUGUUUUCUGUCUGGUACUAUGGAAACCUGUCAAUAUUGGUUGAUUUGUAUCAGUUUUUUUCUACUUUUCCUAAUUAUACUGUUAUUUAUUUUAGGCGCAUGGGGUUAAAUUUGUCAUAUGCUACAGUCAUUAAAGAAAUUCUUAGUUACCAUCCAUGGAUGCAGCAAAGCUCAAAACCCUUCAGAAAUUCCUGAAAUGAUCUUUAUUUUUACCCUUAUUUUUGACUUAUAAGCCCUUAAAUACCAUCUGUACUUGUGAGGUAAGGAGUUGCUUCUGGUUACUCAUCCAGUGGUAGUAACCAGUUAUUAUACUUUUCCUUUGCAGUAUUGGUUAUCCUGUGGUGACACUUGGUUAUGGCGUUAAAAGCUAUGUUGGCUAUAAAAUGCGUCAGGUAAGAACAGUUAGUCUUAUUUACAACUAUAAUAUGUUUACUUCUGUAAAGGACCAGUGUUGAGUGUUGAAAUUUAUCCAAGUGUGUCUUUGACUUGCAUCUUUAUUACGCAUUUGAAAGUGGUUCUUUUCAAUAGAGUUUCGGGUCAAACUAAAGCAUAUUGCUUAAGUUAUGCUGAUUUUUAGAGAUACUUACUGAACUCUUCUCCCUCAGAUAGUAAGGCAGCUCAGUAUUUAUGUUCUUUUUUUUGGCUUUCAUUGUUCUGUACUAAAAUUAUUAGGAAAACUUUUUGUACAUUUACAGCGAAGAGUCCAACAUGUGGCAAAAGAAAAUGAGUUUUAUAUGCAGCUUAUUAACCUUGCACUGCCACCUGAAACAAAUAAUCACACAGAGGCCACAGAGAGGUUAUCAUCCAGAGGUAUGGCUUUUUGAAAUACUCUUAUGGUACUAGUAAUAACCAAAGAUUACAGAUUGUGGGUGACAUUAAUCAAAGGUCAUAAUGCUUUUGCUCCAAUGCUGUGCUUUGUGUAGGAUUCGCUUGAUAGAUAGUUAAAACACACAGGAUUAGAAUAUGAGACAUAGAAGGUCCAAAUGCCUGUCAGAUCAGAUUGUGUUCUGUGUAUUUUCCAUUCAUUCUUAGCAGAGGUCCAAAAGGAGCUGGCUAUAUAAUUGCUGUGCAUGCAUAAUAGUAACCUGGAGAUUAUGAUUGUGGGCUUCUCUUGUUGCCCAAAAAUAUGCUAGUGACAUGCUUGCCUUGUCGCAGUAAGUUUCAAUUGUGUUAAAAUGAAAACUGCAGGCUUCAAAGGUGCCAGGGGCAUGGGGCCCAUUUCUCAAAAGUCUUAAUAAUAAAUGGGGCGGAAAAAGUUACUCCUGUUUACAUUCAAGAUCAAGGUUUCAAUAGUUUUCCAGAUAAUAAUAUGACAAAAAUAUCAAUGGACAAAACAAAAUGGAGUUGUUUGUUAGCUAAAACCUGUGCUCUUAUUCUUCAUAUUUUCUUUAUACAGUAUUUGAUUAAGGGCCUGAAAAGUUACUGGGACUUUCAAGAGAUAGGCCCAAAGGAUUGGGGAUUUCCUUAUGGCUACUUUGUAUGCAAACACUGGCUACUUCAAUAGGAAAUUAGGAGAAAGAUUGAACCAGAAGAAAUCCCUAGCUGCUUUAUUCCUGGCCUGCUUUUUGUAUUUACUACUACAACUUGAAAUCUUGGUGAUAGCCCUGAGCUGAUAUUGUCCUGUUCAAAGGCCACUGUAGUUUGAACCAAUCUUUCAGGAAGCUCAUUUUAUUCCUCACUGAGAAUAUUAUGUUUUUGUUUACUUGGUUUGCAGCUAUUUGUAAUGGCAAAGUUGCAAAUGGAGAUGUAUCAAUACCAAGAGGACGGUCACUGCCUCUUAUGACAAAUGGGAUAAACACAAAAACUGAUCUUGAUCUCAUUAUAGCAAAAGAAGCUAGCCGUCGUGGAUUAAAAUUAAGUGAUAUAGAGUCAAGAGCUACUUUGAAAGGAAAUAAUUCUUUAGAUGUUCAUCCUUCAAAGAAGACUAGCGAAGACCAUAACUUAAAUGAACUUGACAAGCUGUCUCUGGAGGAAAAACAAAAGAGCAGUAAAGGAGGGCAUCAUAAUCGCACUGCUUCUUGUGGAGUCUUUUCAAAGAAGAAACAUGUUGGAAAGCAUAAUGACGAGGAUGAUGAUGAGAAUGAGGAGACAGAUAGUGAUUCUCUGAGUGCAUCUGGUAGCUCUAUUAAUAACAGCCGUAAGAACAGUAGGAGUAAUUCUCCCAAGGUAACAACAUAUACUUUUUAAAAAUAAAUUAAUAAAUAAUAAUUUAAAGGUAGCAUGUCCACUUACCACCUGUUUCCUGGUCAAAUUGGAAUUUGGAAAUGUUGGUUUUUGAGAAGGUAAAAACCAAAGUACAGGGAGAAAAACAGAGCAAAGGAGAGGACCAACAACAAACUCAACCCUCAUUUAAGCCACUUAUGGCUUUGAUGUAGGGACUUGAACCCAGGCCACUUUGCUGGGAGGCAAGUGUUCUCACUGCUGUGCCACCAAAGGCACCACCCUUGUAUUUUUGCAUAGGUUUCUCACAAAACUUUAUAGCUGAAAGAAGAAGAGUCUUUGUACUGUAGGCAGCAGUAGAUUAGAUUGAGAGACGCUUUUUGUGUGUUACACAUGUAUUUUGGGGUAGGUUUGGGAGGGGAGUCUGCCUCUUCUAUUUGGGGAGUUUAAAAUUUUGAGGGCCUUGAAAAGUCUAUUUUAGUGCAUUUUGACCGACCAGGCAAAAAUUCUAGCCAUAAGGAUGGCAGCUUUGUUAACUGUGUUUGUUUAUGCAUGGAAAAAAAAGUGUUGAGAAAAAAGUACAAUGGAUUUUUUAUUCUGCUAAAAACACUUGAGCAACCUGCCCUUCUCUGAUGACUAGAUGGAACUUUCCUCUAGCCUGCGAACAGGCUCCCAUAGUAGAGUCGGGUGAAAAAGAAAAUUGGUGAGCAAAGCAUGGCCUGGGAGAGUAGGAGAGGUGGGGGAGCCUGUUGAGUUUUGCUGCCCAUUUGCUAUUUUAUCCUGUAACACACAUGUCAGCAACAUGUCAAUAAGGUACCAGUUAUUAGAACUGUCAAAUUGUUAUGAUGGUUUUUAUGCUUGAAUACAUCAGUUUUGUUAACAUUCGCAUGCACAUGAGGUAUUUUUUGCAGAAUGAGGAAUAUAUUCAUUCAAUAUUAUUUUGUCGCUCACUUGUCAACAGUCAGCGAUCUGACCAAACAGAUGAUGGUACCAGAAUCUGUCAUCAUAGAUGGGCGGUAUCGGAACAAAGUCUACAGGCUCACCCACCUUUUUUUCUCCCGCAGGCCAAGCUCAGCUUGCUUCGCUCAACGAUAUUCUUUUUUGCCCCACUCCACUUGGGAGCCUGUUCUCAGGCCAGUUUAUCUCUGGUCACUAGAGUUCUGGGGACCUCGCUGUUGUUUUUUAUCAGUACAAAUCAAAAGCUAUGAAUGGCUAUGAUGCAGUACCCACCCCUGUAACCCUUAAUGGCUUACUAUUGCCCUUGCUCGACUAGGGAUUUUUAGCGUUUUCAUAGAUUUUCUUUGCUUGAUACCCUGGAUUUCAAACGUUCAGAGGACAGGGUACCAUUUAAUUUUUCUUAGGGCACAGCCUUGUAUGUGUACAUCCAGUGGCAUUUUUAGAAAUUGUGGUGUACUAAAACUAGUCAGUUGUGGGGCAAAUAAGGAUGAAGUUUUGUUAAGGGAGGUAGAAAAAGCAUGUGGUACUGUAAAAACCUGCAUUUAAGAACCCCUGUUUGUUUCACAGUUCUGACUUUCGCUUAAUGUCUUUCACAAAAUAAUCUUUCGUCCUCUUCAUCAAAAUGUGUCAUGUUUUAUAUUAAAUGUUACAUUUUGAGUUGGUUUACAUAGUUUAUUUCUUUCUUCAGGGACACGAGAAAUCUCAGUCUGUUGACCUUGGACCCAGUGUUUUCUCACAACUGAAAGAGGAGCGGCUGUUACGGUAACAACACUGUUACACUUCACAUCAUUCACUUACCACUUAUUGAACUGGGUAUCGGGGAGUGAGGGCGGGGGACCCUCAUCCCAGACUAACUUUAAAUCCGCAUACAACUGACCGAUUUCCCUUAAACCUUACAGUACCCUGUUCCAGACCAAAAUCCUCUGAUUUCUAUCUGCUUACAUGAAGCUCUUCGGACUACAUUGGCGUGUGUACUAAUUUCAUUCAAGUAUUUUCUGGCAUGAAUCCAUUGUUUUAAGGCUAAGGUCUAUCCUUUCUUUUGGUUGUUGAUGUUUUUCUCACCCAAUUAUUUUAGAGCUUCCACCUGGCCCAUUUCUACACCCCACCCCAGAAUAAACUGCUUUAAAAUCCGACCCUUCACUGUCACCUCUCUCCAUAGCUUGUAUAAAUGUCUUGAAAUAGAAUAACUGAGUUUCACAUAAACUCCGGCCAACUUGUUAAGAGUUCAAACCACUAUAGACACUGGUCUUACUGGAAAGUCAAGACGCCAAAGUGAAUACCACAGUAUAAAUUAACAGACUGAGCAAUACACUUGUCCUUUGUUGUUCCAAAGCUGGAUAGGGCUAUUUACCGGAUAAAUCACUAUCCAGUGGAUAGAAAACCAAUUGCGUUACCCUCUGGAUAGAGAUUUAUCCAGUGGAUAGCACUUAAUCCACGUUUUAAAUAACUGGGGCCUGAAGGUGACUGUGGGAGAUUUCAUUGUAAUGUUUUUCCGUUUCAGUCGUCGUGCGGAGAGUAGUCUCAGUCAGUUGGAGAAUGACAGCAAGCGACUGCGAGUAGAGCUGCAGACAAGCCGUCAAGGGGAGCAAGAGCUGAGAUCCACCAUGCAUAGCUUAAUGGCCAGUGAACGCUCUACAAAGGUGGAACUGCAGCAGCUCAAGUCUGAGUGUGAAAUUAUACAACAAAAGUGAGUUAGAUCGGCAUGGUGUUAUAAAUAUUGGUAAUACGACUCAAUGGACUCGGUAACCUUUAUUGAGGGGAGAAACAUGCAUAGAAUUAACCUAAUCUAUGCUAGACCGCGAGCGGUUGUCUUUUUGUCCUCAGAUCCACGCGCGGAGUGAAAAAGUAAAAUGAUGCAGAUUUAAAAUGCUAAAAAGAAGUAGAGAACGGGUGCGGAGAGAGCUUCCGCCCUUGUUUUUCGCGGCUUCUGUUCGCCCCUCACACCUGCUCUUGAUGUACUGAGACUCCCCAAAAAAUCCGGUUAUUGUGAAGAAUAACUCCCCUAAACCGACUGUCGACCAACUGUCGGUCAGCUGUCGGCCGACAGUUAACCAACACAUUACCGACAUAUUACCGACACCUUCCCGACAGUAACAUCCGCACGAAGAACUGUUAAAUUGAAACACCUAAGACCCGAUUCGGCGGCAUGUCUCGCACGAAAAACUGUUAAAAAUGAAACACCUAAGGCACGAUCUACAGCAUGUCUUGCCAAAUGACCUUUUUACCUCAGUCUGUGAAUAAAAUUGUCUGUCGGUCGACGGUUGAUCUUCUCUCGGUUUACGGGAGUUGUUCUUCACAAUUACCAAAGAUACUGAGACAGGUCAUAGCUCUUGUGCCCGCUGCUACCACCUAUACUACCGGAGAUUCCCCCGGAGUUCCGCCAAUCACAUCGAUUUGGCAGCGAGUGGGUUUGACCCCAGCGCUCCUUGCUACACUCUUGCUCCACUAUCCAAAGAACGGAUGAAGACAUCCACACUGAAUUAAUCUUAUUCCUGUUCUAUAUUAAUGACAUCCUUUGUACACCAAAGUUCGGUAAUUUAUAGUGUUGUGAUCUUAAAAAUCCUACAGACUGCAGACCAUGUCCACGCAGCGGCAGCAAGAUCGCAACUCAAUGGCAUCUUUGGAGCGCAAGUUAAAAACAGAGCGUGAUGCGAGGCUUUUGGCUGAAAGUCAGCUUCGCGAUGAGCGCAGACGACAGAAAGCGGAAGAUGCUGCAGCCAAACAACGCGACGAGACCACCGGGCAUGAUGCGUGUAAUGCACUUCGUUCCGAGCUGGAGGAAGAUAGCCGACAACUGCGCGCUUUACUGCAGGAGAAGGAGGAAGAGAUUAAACGUCUCGAAAGCGAGUCUGAAACACUGAGGCAGAAGACUCGUGAGUAUGACAGUAUGCAAUUAAAGAAGGAAACAGAAGUGCUAAUGUCCGCUCUUACUGCAAUGCAAGGCAAGAACACUCACUUAGAGAACAGUCUAAGCUCGGAGACGCGCUUGAAACUGGAUCUGUUCUCAGCGUUAGGUGAUACUCGACGUCAACUGGAGAUAGCGCAGGCGAAUAUCAAGAGCAAAGAUCGGGAAAUUGAAGCUUUCAAGCGUAAGAUUGCCGAGGUCAUGGCUGUUGUGCCCGCUGCUACCACCUAUACUACCGGAGAUUCCCCCGGAGUUCCGCCUCACACCCCUCGUUACGCCUCCAAUCAUCUCAUCGGCCCCAAUCACAUCGAUUUGGCAGGGAGUGGGUUGGACCCCAGCGCUCCUUGCUACAUUCCCUCAUGUAAAAGCCCUAAAGGUUUGCUGUAAGCUCAUACUCAGUUCGGGGCUUGUUUAGUUGACGGCUGCCCGGGAUUAAUUUUAGUUUGUUACGGUCUCACAUUGUGAAUAAACGGUGAAUAAAAUGUAACGUGAAAGAACCAGGUUCUACCUUCAGGGACGGACGUUUUGUGUGCCUGUCACGGCGUAAUUGCCUUGUGGCAAUUUUGCUUCGGGAUUAUAUCCCGAGAGAAAGGGAUUACUCGAAUUCUGGCAGAAUUGGCAGAUUAUGUGACGAACAGAAACGUGUUUUUGUAGUUGUACACAUUUUCGUCUUCUGUCACGAACGUCGUUCUGUACAAUGUGAGUUUGUAACAGACUAAAUUUAUUCUUAAAUUAUAGUGUUCUUAAGUUAUUGGGUUUGCGCAACAAGUUAAGCAAGCAGACACGGUAUUUUUCUGGGCUUGCAUAUCAUAGUUUACGUGUCGUUAGAAGUAACCACAGAUGUUAUCCCGGUUUCAAGACGAAAAGCUUUAAACAUUGUCAAACUUUCACGUGAUACUUUUUACUUCCAAUUUCGAACUGUUUCUUUAUUUAAUAUGCGUUAACGAAUUCUCGUAUGAAAACGUCUUCAUUUAUCUAAUUCCUUCUCUUUGCAAAAUAACACAAUUUCUCGUUGCAAGAAUUAUCUUCAUAAGGAGAGCGUUCUUUGAGACGAUCUUACAUUCUAUCAAAUAGAAAUGUAAAUUAGGGAUUUGAAUUCUGAGGUGAGAAACUGGCCAACUCAAUAAAAAUUUCAAAAGAAUAGUAAAUGCGGUCUUGUUUGAAAUAGAGUUAACCGAAGGCUCAGAAACGUAGGCUUAUUUUGAGAAAAUAGUCUUCAAUUUCGAGUGUGAAUCGACCAAAGGAGCUCGAUCUAGAGUCGUCAACAAGUACACACCACUCU